CGGUAGCCCCUAGCAGCGUAAAUACUGCAGCCAUAUGAAGGGCCUUGGGGCUUGGGCCUUGAAAGGGCCUAGACCCCCCCCUUGCCCACGCGAGAUCUGCACAUCCAAUCCAAGGGCUCAGCCCUGAACUGUGGUUUGCAUCGGCAUACAUGAUAUCACUAGCAGUCUAAAUUAUACAUAAACGGGCCUGUCGUUGAGGCCAGCCUCUCACAAGUUCGCAGCUCGUUCUUGAAAGUCUUUACCUGGACACAAUAGCAUCUGAGUUUCAGUACCUUAAAGUAUAGCUACGUACCACUCAGGUCGCAUUAAAGGAAACCUGCAUGCCGAGCGUCUAAGCGCGCAGAGCCUUACGUAAAGGCGUGUUACCAACCCCGCAGCUUUGCCUCCCGGCCCCACCUUGGCCCCCACCCGCCGGCCCCGGCCGGGCCACUCGCACCACCUCUUGCUUGAUCAUCUUGGCGGAUGGGCUGCGGCGCAUCCAGGGCGGGCGCGGAGGCAGCUGCAGCGGCGCAGUCGCCAGCGACGAUGCGGCCUCAGCCAACUUCUGCGGCGCCUAAGCCGCAGCAGCAACAUCAGCAGCAGCUGGCCGCAAACACGCCAGCAGGGGCCACGGGGGCGAAGUCUGGAGUCGUACCUACAAUCGUUGCGCCAGCCCCAGCCCCAGCUGCAGCUGCAGCUGCGACGCAACCGCUUCAACCUCAGCAGCAAGGGCAGCAGCAGCCCGCAAGUCCUCAAGAUGAGGACCAUGGUGCUGUCGCGAAAGGCGAUAACGUUACUGCUUGCAGCGGCAGCGGCACAUCCGAGGACCCUCUGGCUGCCUCGAAACUGGGCAUCACGCUGCGGGGGCUGCGGCGGCUGGUGGGCCGGCUGCAUGAGCGGUUCGGCGCCGAGCCUCUCGCGGCCAUGAGCACCACGCAGGUGAUGGAGCGCUAUGUGCAGGAGGUGACGCGCGCGCGCCGCUGCCGCCUGCUGGAGCUGGCGCCGGGCGAGGUGGCGCCCGCUGACGUGGCGCCGCCGGCCUACUUCAUCAGCCACUGCUGGAAGAACCGCGCGGUCCGCAUGUUUGACUACGUGCUGACGUACCUGCAGCACGCGGAUGAGGACGUGGCGGUGUGGAUAGACAUCCUGGCGGUGAACCAACACGCCGGAACCCAGGCUCAGCUCCACGACGUGAGCCCGGAGGCCUUCAGCGCAACAGUGCAGGCCUGCACCGCCGGCACGGUGGUGGUGCUGGACACGGAGGUGUGCAGCCCAGCCUCACGGGCAUGGUGCAUAUUCGAAUGGACGCACACGCUAACGCUGCACGGCCCCGACGGACUGCACCUGCACCUGCGCCCGCAAGACCGCGGCCCGCUCAUUGCCUCCAUAGACGUCGAGGCCGCGCAGUGCUUCAUGCCCGCUGACAAGGAAAUGAUCCUGGCAGAGGUGGCCAAGCACCACGCCUCGCCGCGGCUCUUCAACGCCAAGCUGAAGCUCCAACUUCUCCUGGAGCCCUUGAGCUACCGGGUGGACGUACGGCGGCUGAGUCAGCAGGCCGAGGCGGCGGGCACGGCGUGGGACUGGGCCGCCCUGGACAGCUGGCUUGGAGGUGCUGGUGGUGGGAGUGGUGGCAGCGGUGGUAGCGGUGGGAGUGGGGGUGGUGCGGUGGUAGGCCCAGCAACAGCAGGGGCCUCGCGCGUGCUGUGCAUCUCGGGCGGCGCGGGCACGGGCAAGAGCACGCUGUCGGCAGCUCUGGUCGCGAGUGGUGGCGGUAGUGGUGGGGCAGCUAGCAGCGGCGCCGUGUUUGCGCACCACUUUGUCAAGUACAACGACGCGCGGCGACUGGAACCGGUGCGGGUGGUGAAGAGCCUUGCCUACCAACUGGCAGAAAGGCUGCCACGGGUCCGGGACCUGCUGCUGGAGCUGGACGUGUCGGCAGUAGCAGGCCUCACAGACGUGGAGGAGGCCUUUCGGCUGCUGCUGCUACAGCCACUCCGGGCCUUCCAUGAGCAGCAGCAGCAGCAGCAGCAGCAGGUGGUGCUCCUGGUCGAUGCGCUUGAUGAAGCCGACCCGCCAGAGCUACUGCGUGCCACCGCAUCCACUGCCAGCAGCGGCGAUGGCGGCGAAGGGUCAGCAGCGCAGCAAGCGCCGCCGGCAUGCCCCACUGUGUGUGGCAACUCGGCUCUGCAGCUGCUGGUGUCACAGCUGUCGCAGCUGCCGCCCUGCGUGCGUUUCAUCGUCACCACACGUCCGGACGCGGCGGCGGGGCAGGUGCUGCCGUGCCUGGAGCGCACGUUUGGCGGCGGCCGCGGCGGCGGCGUCACGCACCUGCGCCCCGCCGACAUGCGCAAGGGCAGUAGCAGCAGCGGCGGCAGUGGCGGCUCCAACGGCGUGCUGCUGUACCAUACGGCUGCGGCGGCGCUGGCCGAUGAGGUCGCCAAGCCGAGCCGAGCAGCCGUACCCAUGCCGCCACCGCCGCCGCAGCUGCCUGCCACUGCCAGCGUGCCGCAGCUGUCCGAUGUACUCGACCUGUACGGGAAGGUCUUUGACGCCGCACGUGCCCGGUACGGCGCCACCCCACCGCUGCCACUGCCCGACACCGCCGACUCCGGCCCGGUCCCUGGCUCGGCUGCGGCCGGCUCCAGCAGCAGUAGCCCCAGGGUGUCCGACCUGUUGUCGGUGUUGCUGGCGGCGCGGGAGCCGCUGUCCGCCUCCUUCCUUCAGCAGCUGGGCCUGGGCCCCGCCGUGUGCCUGCAGCUGCCGGGCUGGGGCCGGCUGUUCUUCAACGACGAGCACCACCUUUACACCGCACAUCGCACACUGGACGAGUGGCUGCUCCGGAGUGGCAGUAGCCGCCGUGGCGGCGGCAGUGGUGGCAGUAGCAGCAGCGGCGGCGGCAAGGAUCCCUUUGAGGUGCAGCUCGGCAAUGGCCACCAGGUCAUUGGUCUGUACCUCGCCAACAACGUGUGGCAGGGCGGCGCCGGGAUCGCCGACGGCGCCAAUACUACAACUGCCACUGGUGGCGGCACCGCCGCCGCCGCCCUACCGUACAUGGUGCCGUACACACUCAAGUACGUGGUGUCGCACCUGGUGGCGGCGGUGGAGUGGCAGGCUGUGGCAUUUGCGGCGGCGGCGGACGGCGUUGACAUCAGCGAUCUGGAUCCACACGUGGCGUACGGCCCGGCGGCGGUGUGCCUGGACAAGCUGCUGACGGAUUUUGGGUUCUUGACGGCCGUGUUGGGUGCGGGUCACGGGCCUGCGCUUGUGGGCACACUGGCGGGAUUGAGCGCCCACACCCGGCACAGCUACGACUUGCUAAGGUGGCUGCAGGCGGAGCAGUUCAACCUGGCCGGCAAGUCCCCCGCGGCGGCGGCCCUACACGCGCUGGCCACGGCGCCGGUGGGCUGCGGCCUGCACGCCGAGGCGGCGCGCGCCGCCGGCCUGCCCUGGGCCGCCCGCCGUGUGCUGCCUGACCCGGGCGGCUGGGCGCAGUCGCAGAUGGUGCUCAAGGGCCACCCCGACAAGGUGCUGUGUGUGGCCUACAGCCCCGACAGCCGCCAGCUGGCCAGCUGCGGUGAGGAUGACGGCGCCGUACGGGUGUACGACACACGCACCGGCAGGUGCACUGCCGUACUGCAGCCGCAGCAGGAGGCGGCGCAGCCCCAGCCGCAGGCAAAGGCAGCCGACGGGGACGCCGGAGAAGCGGGGCCAGCAGCAGCUGCAGCCGCAGCGCCAGCGCCCGCAACGGGGCACGCGCCGGGCAAAAGCUGCCGCGCCGUUGCGUGGAGUCCUGACGGCCGGCGCUUGGCAAGCGGCGGCGACGACUGCCGCCUGCUGCUGUGGGACGCCGCCACGGGCCAGGUCACGCACGAGCUGGCGGGCGGGCACCAAGGCGGAGUGUACGGCCUUGCGUUUGGUCCGGGCGGAGCCAGGCUGGCGAGCUGCGGCGGCGACAAGGCAAUUCGGAUCUGGGACGUGGCCAGCGGCGCGCAGGUGUCGGUGCUGGCGGGCCACAACAUGACCGUGCGGUGCGUGGCGUGGAGCCACAGCGGCCGCCACCUGGCCAGCGCGGGGGAGGACUGUACGGCACGUGUGUGGCGGGCGGCGGCGGGCAGGGAGGUGGAGGCGGGGGUGGAGGUGGCCAAGCUGGACGACUUCGAUGACGACGUGAACGCCGUGGCGUGGAGCCCAGAUGACCUGACGCUGGUCAUCUGCAGCUCGGACGGCAAGAUGGUCCGCCACGACCUGGCCACUGGGGACACCGAGUCCGUCAUGGAGCUUCGGGGCGGCGAGGUCAAGUGCGCGGCAUUCAGCCCGCCACCCGCCUCAGCAGCCCUCCAGGCGGUCCGCCGGGGGCAGCCGCAGCAGCUGCUGCUGGCGUCGGGCGACCAGGCUGUGCGGCUGUGGGACGGCGAGACCUUCGCGCACCGCGGCGAUCUGCCGGGUGGCAGCGGGCGUGUGCAGGUGGUGGCGUUCAAUCCCGACGGCCGACAGCUGGCGGCGGGCCGGAGUGACACAACCGUGCGCGUCUGGGAUCUCACCACGGGCGCCGCGGGCGCCGGAGGCAGCGGUAGCGGCAGCGGAGGAACGGAUGCCGCAGCCAACGAGGGCCCAGGGGACGUGGUGCGGCGACUGGCCAUCCCAGCCGACGGGGAGCAGGUGGCGGUGGGCUGCAAGGACGGACAUGUGCGUGUGUGGGACGUGGCGACGGGGGUGCUGAUUGCCAAGAUGCCAGGGCACGACACGGGUGUCAGCGACGUGGCGUGGAACCCCGCCCACUCCGCCCUCCUGGCCAGCUGCGCCCACGAUGGCAUGAUCCUGGUGUGGGACCUGUCGGAGCUGCUCGGCCAGGCGAUGCUGUUGCAGCUAUCUGAUUAUCCAGCCGCCGAGCUCAGGCGGCAGAUGACGGAGCUGAGGACCGCCGCACGGCCGCGCUGCGCCGCCGUGCUGACCGAGCACGAGUGCGGCGUGCUGAGCGUGGCAUGGAACCUGGCGGGCGACCUGCUUGCCAGCGGCGGGCGAGAUGGCGUGGUGCGGGUGUGGGAGGUGGCGCAGGACGAGGCGGGGGACGUGGCAGCGAGUUGCCUAGCGGUGCUGACAGGACACACGGCGGCAGUGACGCGCGUGGCGUUCAGCGAGGAGGGAGGGCUCCUGGCGAGCUGCUGCAGCAGCGGCGGGGGUGGCGGCGGCGGUGGGGGCGCGGGGGAGGACAGCACGGUGCGUGUGUGGGCGGCACGCACGGGCGAGUGCCUGGCGGAGCUCGAAGGCCACAAGGGCGGUGUGCACGCGUUGGGCUUCUCUGCGCCGGACAGCGGCGGAGAGGGGCUGCAGCUACUGGCCACAGGCGGUGAUGACAAGGUGGUGCGGCUGUGGGCCCUGGGCUCCUCCGCCGGCGGCUCCAACCACUGCGUGGCGGAGCUGCAGCUGGGCGCGGCAGUGCGCGCCGCCCCCUCGCUGGACGAGCUGAGUGCCCGCGGCGACUUCAGCUUCCUAGCCGUGACCGAGGCCACUGCGGGCCAGUUCCGGGGCAUUGUGUACGGCCUGGCGUGGAGCGCGGACGGCCGCCGGCUGGUGGUGGCGGCCAAUGAUGACAGGCUGCGGGUGUAUGAGGCGGCGGCGCUGGGGGCAGCAGCAGCGCAGGGGGGAGGCGAGGCGCGGCAGGAGGAGCAGCAGCGGCAGCAGGGGCGGCAGGGGCAGUGGGUGUGUGUGGCGGAGCUGCCUGGUCAUGCCGAGACGGCGCUGGGCGGAGUCAUGUGUGUUGCGAGCAGCAUGGUGGGGGACGUGCUAGCGAGCGGCGGCUGCGACGGCACGGUGCGCGUGUGGCGGCCCACGGUGGAGGUGCGGGAGGUGGAUCAGGAUGGGGCAGCAGAGGACGGGGAAGGCGAAGGCGGCGAGGCGGGGCUUUAGUCGGCUCUCUGUCAUGCUAGGCGCGGCGUGAAUGCGCAUGGGUAUGCGCGACGGGCACUGAGAAAGUUUCUUCUAAAUCUAAGGCACAUGCGACCAGAGGCACUGACCAUGAAAUUGUGCGUCACAUUGUCGGCAACAUUGACAAGAUGGACUUGCUGUGUGUGCCGUUAGUGAGGGGCAAAGGCCACAAAGUAGGUGGACGAUGGACAUGGGAACAGGACAUUGAGAACUACGCGCGGAUGGGGUUACGCUGUAGAAUGUUAUUGUUUGUAGGAGGGGGGCGGGACGGGGCGAUGUACCUCAGCCGCGGCUGUCAGUCAGACAUCGAUGCGCAUGUCUUCCGCUUCUUCCGCUUCGACGGGCCAUACGUGGCAUAGCAUGCUCUAGGCGACAUUUAAGCGUUUACUUGUUGUAACAGCCGUCAGUC